AUGCGCAAUCAUGAACGCUUGAUUCAAGUGAAUCAGUUCUGUAAUUUUAGUUUUGUGGUCGGUGCGUAAUAGGAAGAUGUAAAUAUUAUUAAUAUAGAUAAAUUAUAUAAUUAUCUAUUGUUAAGAAGUCUACAGAAGAAUUUUGAUGUUUCAACAAUGCCUGCACCAAUUCGACCUAAAGGGUCAAACAGUGGAAGCAGGACUCCAUCAGUAACCCCAAUGUCCGAAAGGCAGCAGAUGGCAUUGUUAAUGCAGAUGACUUCUGGCAACGAACCGGGCUCUAGAAGCCCAAGUUCGAGCUCAUCGAGAUCCCGAGAACGGAAUGAAAGAGGUGAAACUCCAUUGCAUUUAGCGGCUAUUAAGGGGGAUGUUGAUCAAGUGUGUAAAUUGCUGGCACACCGUGCCGAUCCUAACGUAGCUGAUUUUGCUGGCUGGACACCUUUACACGAAGCCUGUAAUCACGGCUGGUACGACGUUGCUUUUCGUUUAGUUCAAUCGGGCGCGAACGUGAACGCUCGUGGCCUAGAUAAUGAUACUCCACUUCACGACGCCGCUGUCAACGGUCAUCUAAAACUCGUCAAAUUAUUAGUUGAAAGGGGAGCCGAUAUCUACGCGAAAAAUUCCAAAGGAAAGACACCUUUAGAUGUGGCUCCGGUAUCCGUCAAGCCUUAUUUACUGAAUUCCAAUUUGCCUUUACCAGAUUCCACAUCCGGAUCGAGAGUAGUAUCUCGCUCUUCAAGGGAUGACAAAAAAAUUACUUCAAGCGGCGAAGCUACCCCCUCAACGACCACCACUUCGAGUGGCGGUAACAGCGUCGUUGGGAGUACGAGUAACACUGCUUCGACGUCGAGUAAAUCCCAAAAAGACGAACAGAUGGACGUGAAGAGUUCGACGGCGUCGGGAACGACUGUUUCCACGACAGGGCCGUCAGCGACAACUUCCACGUCCACCGGCGAGGACGUAUACGAAUUCAAAUCUUCGAAAGAGGGCGAUUCUUCUUCAGACGAACGUAAACAAAACCUUUCUGACAAUACGGAAAUGGAAGUGGACGAAGUAGAUCCCUUGGGAAUAGCUCCUCCAACUACUCAAGCUUCGGAGGAAACUACCACACCGGCCAAAAGGAAUUUCUAUGAUUCCAACGAGGGUCAGGAAGAGGCUGGAAGUACGACAAAUACGGGCGACGAAGAAACUAAAAGGAAAAAACGUAAAGAAGAGAACGUUAAAGAAGGCAAAUCAAGUAAUCAAAGAAAUACAGGACAGAGCAAGGGUCAAGGGAAUAAACAGUCGACUGGAGGGCAGAUUAAAUCAGGAUCCUCGAGCUCUUCCAAAGUUAAUUCCGACAAAAAGAGUCCUUGUUCUAGUCCUAAACCGAGUGGAUCUGAUCCUGAAGCAGAAGAUGGAAAAACGGAUCUGAAGGUACCUCCGUUGAAAAUCGUCAUACCUCAAACCACCGGCUCCGAACAAGAAAGUGGAGUAGGACGUAACGGGAAAAACAGCUCCCAGAGAUUGCACCAAGCCCUACCGUACGUAGUCCCGAGUUCGACUAAUACAGAACCAACAACCGAAAAAGAAACAAAUUCCGUUGCAAACAAUCCAGAAACUCCCGCAACCACCGACAAAGAAGAAAAAAAAGAAGAUGCGGACGACGCAGACGAGGCACAAUCGAACGCCGAAACCGAAACUUCGACCGCCACCGCGUCCGCUCCGGCCGCCCCGGCGCCGCCGCCGCCGGUCGAAUUACACCCGAGGAAAAGGAAAAUGAAACAGAACAAGGAGACGGCACCGCCGCCUUCGGAUUCGCAGGAAAACUCAACUGAAGCCCAAGUCCAUCCGCACGAACAACCGAUAACCAAUUGUUAUCAGUUAUAUUUGGAUAUUAGGAAACAGAUUGCCAAAAGACGUAGAGGCUUGUUCCCGGUCCAACCCAAACCUCCCCAAGGCUUCAAAGACUAUUUGAUGAAUAGGUGUACGUACGUAUUAGCGGGUACUGCACCUACAACACCGAAUGUAACAUAUCCCCAAUCGCUACCCCAACAAAUGAAAGAUUUGUUCAGCGAUCAGGAGAAGGAGAGGUACAGACUGCGGACACAGCAUGUGAUAGAGAAGGAGAAAUUGGUGUUAUCGGUGGAACAGGAAAUUUUAAGGGUGCACGGUAGGGCGGCUAGGGCUUUGGCUAAUCAAUCGUUACCCUUUUCCGUAUGUACCAUCAUAAGAGACGAAGAAGUUUACAAUCUAAUCACGCCCGAACAAGAAGAGAAAGACCGAAACGCUAGAUCUCGAUAUAACGGGCGACUGUUUUUGAGUUGGUUGCAAGACGUCGACGACAAAUGGGAGAAAAUUAAGGAACACAUGUUGUUGAGGCACCACAACGAAGCGGAAUCUCUCCACGCUGUCCAGAAAAUGGAUUGGGAAUGGAAAUUGAAGGAAUUGAAUUUAUGCGAUCGGAAAACUACACCGAAAAUUGAAGAAACUCACGUUCCCAUGGUGCACGUUUCUGACGAUUUCGAUCUGCUGCCAGCUUGAAAAACUUUUUUUUUAUAUUCAUUUUUUAUUGUAAAUAAAUCUCGUGAGAUUA